AAAUCCGCUGUCGAGUGACGAAAGCCUUGUUUUGCUAAAUGUUAGCAUCUUCAAGCUAACUUUAUCUCUUUAUUGGACUCUCUUCUCCAGUUACCUCUAUUUACCUUCGGCGCUUCAUGGGAUUUUAACUAAAUGUAAAAUUUUAACUAUUUUCAAAAAGACAGAAUCAUGAACGGGAGUACUAAUCCGCUGCUAGAUAAAGAGGAACAUGUUUUAAAGCUCGGAGAAAGCUUCGAGAAGAGGCCAAAAUCUUCUUUUCACACCAUCAGAUAUGACUUUAAACCAGCUUCUAUUGACACGAGCUGCGAGGGAGAGCUCCAAGUGGGAAAAGGAGAUGAAGUUACCAUAACACUACCUCACAUUCCAGGCUCUACGCCUCCAAUGACAGUAUUUAAAGGAAACAAGCGGCCAUACCAGAAGGACUGUGUGCUCAUCAUUAAUCAUGACACAGGUGAAUUUGUACUGGAGAAGCUCAGCAGCAACAUUCAGGUCAAGAAAACAAGAGCGGAGGGCAGCAGUAAAAUCCAGGCUCGAAUCGAGCAACAGUCAGUUCGUUCCUCGCAGCCCAGCUCUCAGUUCCGAGCCCCAACCAAGCCCGGGACUGGGAUCAGAAACUCACCCUCCCAAUCUAAAGACAACCCCUCCCCAGAGCCUCAGCUUGAUGACAUCAAGAGAGAGCUGCGAGCGGAGGUGGAGGUGAUCGAGCAGAUGAGCAGCAGCGGCAGCAGCAGCUCGUCUGAUUCAGCCAGCGCCUCUGGGAGCGGCGACGACAGCAGCAGCAGUGACGGUGAGCACGAUGCCCCGCGACCGCUCAGCCAGACCUCCCCCAGCCGCACCCCCAUGGUCAACGGAGGAGGAGACAGACAGCAGGGCAACAACCAGCUCAUGAACACACUCCGAAAUGAUCUUCUGCUCAGUGAGUCGGGCAGCGACAGUGAUGACAACUGAACUCUCCUGGUCAGUCCUCCAUGCUCCUCUUCCUCCUCCUCCUCCUCCUCCUGCUUGAUUUAUUUGUUCAGUUGCUGUGAAAGAUGACCUCAGCUUUAUUUUUUUAAUUUGACUUUAUUUUUUUUACAUUUUAUUUUAGUAUAACUUCAAAGAUGGCCAGUCAGAAGCAUUAAGGUAGUAUUUUAUUAGAUGUAUAUUUUGUUUUAGUAAAGUAAAAAUAGAAAAGGUUUGAUUUCUUAAGAAGAAUUUGCA